GAAAGAUCAGCCCUCUCUUCGGCUCUUACAGACACAGUUUGCGAUGUCUGUGUAUGAGGGAAACGUCGGCGCUAGUAGUAAAUCCAUCGACUAUUUCAUGCGUGCGACGGAGACCUAUGAAGCCUUUAACACCACUGAGUUUAUUGAUUCCCGGAGCCAAGGAACGAGCGAAGCAGGGUUGCAGAGGAGAAACAGGGCUUAUCGUGGGUCAUAUGGAGCUUGUACUGCGCAGAAUGGCGCGCAUCGCAAGCUUUCGGAUUCAAAAACCGACAUCAAAUCUACUUAUCCCGAAACUGUGGCGCAACAGCGCCUUUCCAUUAUGCCAGUCGGAUAAUGCUCGUUAUUGGUGGUUUCCAUAUCCAGUGUCGCUGCGGACGCAAAGAUCUCUGGAGGUCAAGAAUCGAGAGGUCCGACUCCCAUCUUUCUAAAAUAGCAGAAGAUGUUUUAGACUUUCUAUGUCCGCUACCUGACGGUGCAUCCCGGUCUCCAAUCGCAAAUACCCAGCGCGCAGUCGAACUGUACAAUAUAUACUAGUACAAAAGUUUUCAUUGCCAGCGCGACCUCGAGUAGAGGACGCGGUUCAAACCAGUGCCAUCUUGCUGCAGUAGGUAUCAAGGGGUUUUCGACGAUCUUGAGAGGCACCAACGUAAUGACCAGUUCAUACGUUGAGGUCCUGCUAGUGGUGAU